AUGAUACCCAUCCAACUCACUGUCUUCUUCAUGAUCGUCUAUGUGCUCGAGUCCUUGACAAUAAUUCUGCAGAGCGGCUUACUUGUUGCUGUGCUGGGCAGAGAGUGGGUGCAGGUCAAAAGGCUGUCAGCUGUGGACAUGAUUCUCACCAGCCUGGGCAUUUGCCACUUCUGUCUACAGUGGGCAUCGAUGCUGAACAAUUUUUACUCCUAUUUCAAUCCUAACUAUGUAUUUUGGUACUUAUCGAUCGCCUGGGACUUUUUAAAUACUCUUUCAUUCUGGUUAACCAGCUUGCUUGCUGUCGUCUACUGUGUCAAAAUCUCUUCCUUCACCCACCCUAUCUUCCUCUGGCUGAGGUGGAGAAUUUUGAGGUUGGUUCCCCGGCUGUUGCUGGGUUCUCUGCUGCUUUCUUGUGUGACUCUCAUCUGUUCAGCUGUUAGGAAUCACAUCAAGAUAAAGAUGAUCUCUAUGGAGCAUUUCCCUAGAAACAACACUAUGAUUGAGAGACUUAAGAUGCUUCUGCAGAAAUUUACCUUAUCUCAGCCAACGGUUGUGAUGAUUAUUCCUUUCCUUCUGUUCCUGGCCUCCACCAUCUUGCUCAUGGCCUCCUUGUCCCAACACUUGGGGCAGAUGCAACAUCACAAAGCUGGCCACAGCAACUCCAGCAUGAAAGCUCAUUCCACUGCCCUGAGGUCUCUUGCCAUCUUCCUCAUCUUCUUCACCUCUUACUUUCUGACCAUAGUCAUCUCCUUUGUGAGCAUCCUAUAUGAUAAGAGCUCCUGGUACUGGGUCUGGGAAGCUGUUAUCUAUGCUAUAGUCUCUGUUCAAUCCACUUUACUAAUGCUGAGCAGCCCUAUGUUGAAAAAGGUUUUAAAGCUAAGGUGCUGGGUCCUAGAAACUGCCUGA